CGAGUAAAGUGAUAAUAUUAAUGAUAAAGAUAGGACGGAAAAAAUAUCGUAAAUAACAUUUUUAUAUUAAAAAAGCGAGAAUAUUCCUCGCAAAUCGGUGAGUGAUCGGUCGGGAGAUCGGUGAUAUGUGUCGCGUUGGCUCGUUGAGCCUCGAUGUGCUUGAUUCAGCGAGCAUGAAGCAUCCAUCGAGGUCACCGGGACUCGAGGUUGCUAUGGCACUCUUCGGCAUGGUCUGGCUGCUACGAGUUCGUUCGGAGAUGCGUCGUUGCUCGAAGUGCCGACACGAGGAGAUGCUUGCUAGCCAGCAACAACAUCAACAGCAACAACAGCAGCAGCAACAACAGCAGCAGCAUCAACUUCAGCAACAUUCGCAACACCAACACCAACAUCAGCAACAACAGCAACAGCAGCAGCAGCAGCAACAACGUCAUCAGCAACGAACGUUGUCACAGGCAACAGGUCUUAUUCAUACACCCGAUGACGUUCUCACAUCUUCAGCCAAUACUCUUUACACCCUGGAUACUCCAGGUGCUGCUGGACCAGCUGGCAGCUAUUGCGAGGUUCACGGAUACGUCCAGGCUAAAGAAGAUAUUCAAGAGUUUUAUGAGCUGACAUUACUAGACGAAUCGAAAUCAGUCCAGCAGAAAACGGCGGAGACGAACCGCAUCGCUGCCAAAUGGGAAGCAAGCGACGGACCAAUCACGCCGACCUUCGGUCAAAAUGACGACGGUCCUGCAUCAGCCUGUCCGUUGACCCAGACUCUGUUGAACAUUUACGGCCGCAGGUCGAGCAGACCUGAUGUUCCAGGUCCCAUUGAUGAGAAUCAGAAAACACGAUACAAUACUGGGGGUGUGGAGGAACAAUUACCACCACCACCGUCACCGCCACAGGUGAAAGAAACAACCCAAUUGGAUGGAGUUCCUAGACCAAAUUCAAUUGAACGUAUUAUUCAUCCUGAUUCCACUACUCAACACAUCCUUACGAGCCAUGAAACAUUGAACAAGAGCCACGACAGUUGGCAAGGACACGACGGCGAUCAGGCACACACACCUCUGCUCGCGGCGGACACGAGACAUGUAAACGGCGAUGAUGAUUGGGAGUAUGAGGAAAUCGUGUUGGAAAGAGGUGGAGCCGGUUUGGGUUUUAGUAUCGCCGGAGGUACCGACAAUCCUCACUUUGGUAACGACACAGCGAUUUACAUCACCAAACUCAUACCUGGAGGUGCAGCAUCCGCGGAUGGACGUUUACGUGUUAACGAUACGAUCCUUCAGGUGAACGAUGUCUCCGUCGUCGACGUACCGCAUGCGGCCGCCGUAGAUGCCCUCAAACGUGCCGGCAAUACCGUCAAAUUGUACGUUCGCCGACGGAGACACACGCAGCUGAUGGAAAUCGAAUUGAUCAAAGGAAAUAAAGGUCUCGGCUUCAGUAUCGCUGGCGGUAUUGGCAAUCAGCAUAUACCUGGUGACAAUGGAAUAUACGUUACAAAAAUUAUGGAAGGUGGAGCUGCACAAGUGGAUGGUCGUUUAGUUGUUGGGGACAAAUUGGUAGCUGUCAGAAAUGCCAUGCAGGGCGACAAGAAUCUUGAGAACGUGACGCACGAGGAAGCUGUGGCUACUUUGAAGGCAACUCAGGAUCGUGUUGUUCUUUUGGUGGCUAAACCUGAAGGCACCAUACCACCACCACCGCCAGCUUCGGAUCGUUCAGUUUCACCACAACCACGUAAACAAAAUGGAGCAGUGUCGGCGUUGGAGAAUAAUUCAACACUACCGUAUUCCCAAGAAUCUCGUCAUGCGUCGUCUCUCGCGCUUCACGGCGUCGCGACGCCUCGUGCCGUUUCACAAGAGGACGUAUCUCGAGAAGUUCGUACGGUCGUUUUGAACAAAGGCUCCUCGGGUCUAGGAUUUAACAUCGUAGGUGGUGAAGAUGGCGAGGGUAUUUUUAUCUCAUUCAUCUUAGCCGGUGGACCAGCCGAUUUGAGCGGUGAACUUCGUCGUGGCGAUCAAAUUCUCAGCGUAAAUGGCAUCAAUCUACGAACAGCCACCCACGAGGAGGCUGCUGCGGCCCUUAAGGGCACCGGUCAAACAGUGACAAUCGUUGUACAGUAUAAGCCUGAAGAUUACAACAGAUUCGAGGCUAAGAUCCAUGAUCUCAAACAACAAAUUUCUCAACAGAAUAUGAUGACAGGUACCCUCAUGAGGACCUCGCAGAAGAAAUCCCUUUACGUAAGAGCCCUAUUCGAUUACGACCCUAACAAGGACGACGGAUUGCCGAGUCGUGGAUUGGCAUUCCGUUAUGGAGAGAUCCUUCACGUGACGAACGCAAGCGACGACGAAUGGUGGCAGGCACGAAGAGUAACUCCUCAGGGUGAAGAAGAAGGGCUUGGUAUAAUUCCGUCGCGUAGGCGAUGGGAACGUAAGCAACGUGCCAGGGAUCGUUCGGUCAAGUUUCAGGGUCACAUGCCGGUCAUUCUUGACAAGCAAUCGACAUUGGAUAGGAAAAAGAAGAAUUUCUCGUUCAGCAGGAAAUUCCCCUUCAUGAAGAGCAAGGACGACAAGUCCGAGGAUGGUUCGGAUCAAGAACGGUCGCCCACAACACCUGAGAAUGAAACCGAUCCUACUCCAUUCAUGCUGUGCUACACCCAGGACGACACUAACACUGAAGAUUUGUCUUGCGUCGCAGGGAGUAGAGAAAUUUUGUAUCGCGUUGAACUGCCCUAUAUGGAAGAACUGACAUUAGUUUAUCUGGAAAAGGAGUACGUUGAUGAUGAAAAUUGUGACGAGCUUUGCAGCGAAGAGAACGUACUCUCGUACGAACCAGUUCAACAACUCACCAUUCAGUAUACGCGUCCGGUCAUCAUUUUGGGAGCUCUUAAGGAUACUAUCAACGAUGACCUCAUAAACGAAUUUCCUGAUAAAUUUGGCAGCUGCGUACCUCACACGACGAGGAGUAGAAGAGAAAACGAAGUGGACGGACGAGACUAUCACUUCAUUGCAUCCAGAGAACAAAUGGAAAGAGAUAUUCAAAAUCACUUAUUUAUAGAAGCAGGACAAUACAAUGACAAUCUUUAUGGAACGUCUGUUGCAUCUGUUCGAGAGGUUGCCGAGAAGAGAAAGCACUGUAUUCUUGAUGUCAGCGGAAAUGCUAUCAAGAGGUUACAAGUAGCACAACUUUAUCCUAUUGCCAUAUUCAUAAAGCCGAAGUCAGUCGAGUCCGUAAAGGAAAUGAAUAAAAGAACGACCGACGAACAAGCUAAGAAGACUUACGAACGUGCUCUUAAAAUGGAGCAGGAGUUUGGGGAAUACUUUACUGCCGUCGUACAAGGAGACACACCAGAAGAAAUCUACGUAAAAGUAAAGGAAGUAAUCUCCGAACAAAAUGGACCCAACAUUUGGGUACCUUGUAGGGAUCAGCAACUGUGACGUCCUGCCCCCCACGCCCUCCCUGGCCCCAAUGCUUGGACCCUACCUCCAAGGCGUCAAGCUUAAUUGAUCUUGAUAAAAUAAUUAAGUAACAUUCUAACGCCUUCCCCCCCAUCUCCACGAUAUCCACCCACCUGAGUAGCACAAUGUCGUAGCUCUAAUAAUGGAGAAAAAGAAUGCGAGAAUAGAGCGUAAUAAAUGUGAAUAAAAAGCUGAGCCGUAUAUUGAGAAAAAUAGAAGAAGAGGAGAAAAGAAAAUGAGGAUGACGAAGAAGACGAGGAUGAUAAUAAUACAAAAUUCAAAAGAGGAAAAAAUAUAGUAGAAGCUUUGUGGAAUUUGUCUGAAAAAAAGUAAAUAUAAUAAUAAUAAUAAUAAUAAUAAUAAUAAUAAUAAUAAUAAUAAUAGUAAUAAUAAUAAAGAAUUGCUUAAAGGAAUUUUAAAAAUGAGAAGUAAAGGAAAAAAAAUAUAAUAUAAUGUCUAUAUGUACCGAGAAAGACUUGCUGAAAUUUUCACUCCGUUGUCAAAAUCCCUCUCUUGAUUUAGACGAAUGAGGAAAAAUAAAUAAAUAAAUAAAUAAUCGUAUGUCGCGUGCGGGCGCGCGCGCACUCAUACGUACUCAGGAACGUAUGCGUCUCCAAAUGAUGAAACUUAAAACAAAUAAAUAAAUGAUUGCAAUCUUUGAUCGAUCGAUAAGCGCGUUUAUUGUGUGGUAAUUCGUCGAUUGAUGUUUAAGAAAGUCAAUCGUGUACAGUUCAGAUUAAAAACCGCUAUUCGAUAAUCGACCAAAUCAAAAACAAAAAAUUAUGCACUCACGCGCGCGCGUGAUAAUAUGAUACACAAUGUGAAGCGCAAAACAAAGUGAAACGAGUAAGUAAAAAUGAAAAAGAAAACGUAAUGAAGUAAGUAAUGCUUUUCUAGGCGACGAAACGUGAAGCGAAACAUAUUUUUUGUUUUCUCGCUGUUAAAAAGAAAAUUAAUAAAAGAAAAAAAGAAAUAUGUCACGAUCGUUCAAAAAAUACGCACAGCAUAUUGUCGUAGGGAGUCUGCUUUUAAACGUUAUUAAUUUAUUUUACUAUUCUUAAAUACUUUCUAUCAAAUUUUUAUGUAUUUUAUUUUUUUGUCUUUUAAAGUACUUGAAACUAAAUGAUUUGAACCAUUGCUCAACUUUUGGGCAACGCGGCUGUCAACGUAUUAAAAAAAAAAA